AUGAAUUCAACUGCAGCCACCCAAAGUUUUUCGCACUUCGAUGCUCUUGAGAACGUUCACAUCUUGACAUACGAUUUGCAAUUUUUGUUUGACUCUGCAAUAUCCUCCCCAAACACCCCGCUAUUACCUAAGCUCUUCGAAAUGAAAGAAAAAUUCCAAAACAUAACAGAAGCUUGGGAAUCACUUACCAAUGAGCUUUAUAGCAAAAUUGAAGAAGAAAAAAUUAUUCUUUAACAAAAUAAAUAAUUUAUAUAUAUGAAUUUUAGGGAAAAAAUAAUGAAAAUUAAUUAAAUUUAUUAUAAAUCUAAGAAAUUCAUUGAAACUCGAUGCGGUUUGUAUGAAAAAAAUCAAAAAAUUUCUGAAAAAAUCCUUUUGUCACAAACACGAAUUUUAAAAGAAAAAAACGAAGAAUUAGAAGAUUCUUUAUACAGACUUAAAAACAUGUGAAGGAAAAACAUAGAAGAUAUGGAAAUUUCUGCUACAAAACAUAUGGUAUCAAGAGGGCAGAUAAUGUCGAAUUAUCUAAUUGAACUUGAACAAAUUGAUAAAGAAAUCAACGAAGUCUUAAGUUCUUCCUUCAUAAAACAGCCAAAACAAGACCCCUCAUUCAGCUCAGAAAUUUCUUCUCCUCCUGUCAGCUUAAUUUCUUCAAAACCCUAUGAAAUCACCAUCGACAAAGCAAGUUCCAUAACUUCUUUCGAAUUCAAAAAAGCCAUGGAAGGAAUCAGCUUUAAUUCUUUCGUAAAUAACUCAAAAAUCUCAAUAGAAAAAAACGAAGGAGAAUGAAACCCAGAUUUUGAUAGUGAAAAAGAAGACUCUUACUCUGUCGAUGAAAUUAAGCGUGCAAUAGAAAUUUUAAACAAAGCCCAGCUGCUAAAUAAGCACGAAACUGUAGAAAAAUUAAAUGAGAUGGUAAACAAAAGUGGGUCGACGAAUAUGGACUUUAUUCUUGACCUUAUGAGCAUUAGCAAAGAUAUUUCUAAUAGGAAAAUGCCUAAAAAGAAGUUGGAAAUUGACAGUUUUCAAGAUGUGAGCGGUCUUGAGAUCACAACUCCUAGAAGCUCGUUUUUCGUUCAGGGGAAUGUUUUAAGCACAAUACAGUCUCCAGGGCAUAAAGCACCAAUUAAUUAUUCAGGAGAAGUUUUGCAUGAUGUAAAGUAUGAUGAAAUAAUGAAUGCACCAACACUGCUAGAAGUCCUUGGGCUUAAAGAUGCUAAUGAAGAGUUUUCUGUACUGAUGUCCCCUAAUAUACAAAUUUAUAUAAAUUCAUCAAAAUUAUUAAUAAAUCAAAAUAAUAGGGAAUUAUUUGUUAUAGUAUAAUAAAAAUCAUCAAUAA